UGAUCCCAGCUUCUGUGGAGAUUCACACACAACUCAUCUCUGACACAGACAACAUGUUCACAGUAUCUGUGAGUGGCGUCCUGUUGCUCUUUCUGAUUCAUCACUCGACACUGAAGAGUGUGGAUGGACGGAACAUCGACGUGAAUACUCUUGCUCGUAUUAUCACCUUCUUUGAGCAGAACUAUAAGAGAUUUCAUAGAAAUGGAAAUGAACUUCAAUAUGCUGUAGCCAUCAAUGUACUGACAGAACAGUGUCGAAAUGGAUUCCAGCAGGACAACUUUCUAACCAAUGAGAAUGCAAGAGUUGUGAGAAUGACCAUUUCUAAUAACGAAGACCCUGUUUAUGAAGGUACAGAGCUCAUAGCAGCAGGAAUUCAACGAAUGUAUGGAUACUCCUUACACUCUGAAUAUCUCCUGCUUAACCCCACUUCAUUACACCCUACUACACCCAUGCAAACCCUUCUGAAUCUUAGGAACAACAGCUGCACUAUUCUCUACAGCCUUAACUCUCCAUGUGCUGAUUUGUGCCUUGAUAGAUAUCACAUCUUUGACGGCCUUCGAACCUGGAGUGAACAUAGCAGCAUUAAAGCGCUUGUCUUCAAACAUGUCUGGAGAGAUGAUGAAAUAAAUCCACAAUGUUUAAAAAAUGCACUAAAGGAAAUAACGAAAUAUGUCCCUCUCUAUCGUUGUAGGAAUGACAUUGAGUGUUUUGACUGUGAAGAUCCAUAUGGUGAAAUUGAUUUUCGUUGUCUCAUAAACAAUUACUGAAUUAGUCGUUGUUGUAAAUUGAAAGCCUCUUUAUAGCAAUAGAUGUUUCCUG